AUGCCGAGAGUGGACGCUGACAGCAUCGCGGGCGAGUUCUGUAUGACAGAUCUACAAAUGGUGUUCCUCAAAAUGGAUGAAGAAUGUGGGUUCCACCUCAGUCAUGCUUGCCGAAGCCACCCGAAGUUCGAGCAGUACCGGGCCCUGAUGAAGGAUCAUGGUGAGGAAGUCUUUACAUAUAUCGACAAAGUCGUUGCAGACAACGAAGCAUUCAUGAAGUGGCUGGAUGAGACUGAGAAGAUGGAAGCUGCGAGCAGAACGGCAUCGCAGCAAAUGCUGGGCCACCCGCUGUUCCAGUCUUUCUGUUCUGAGGUCGGUGUUGCUGCCGAACAGUGGGGACAGGAAGGCGCCGACUUGACCACAGAGGUCACCCUGUUUCAGGAGUGGGUCGCGGCCAAGGAGCUUGUGGAUGCAGGUGUUGUGCCCCCUCCACCCGCUGCCGUAAGCAUGGAUACCAUGGAGACACAGGUGCUUGUCUUAAAUGUUAUCCCAACAGAAUGCGGUAGUAUGCCACCGCCUCCGCCGCCUACGGAAGUUUACUGUACGGGAGAAGAUGUGCCCCGCCCUGCCGAUGACGUUCCCCAGGUGAGCCCCGGUGUGCGCAAGCGGCUGGCCCCAGAGUUUGAAAGCGCAAGCUCUGGUGGCAACAACGUGCCAGUGUGUGCUGAGAUGGUGCAGAUUUUGCACACGCAGAAGCGAUCCUCGGAAGCAGUGUGUCCUUUAUAUAAGGAGGAGUCGCUAUCAGAAAGACCGAGACAGACAGAGAGGUGCAUGCACGACAAUAGACUCACGUUUCAGGAUGCGUAG